UGAAAUCCGAGGGAGAGGAGCGAGCCGCCAUUUUCUGUGUGACGCUCUCCCUAAAACGGCAACAAUAAAAACGGAUUACCGGGGUAAAUACAUAACAAGUCGUCGAUAAAUGGCAAGACCAAUUCGAUUUGAAUAAAACCGCCUUUGAAAUAAACUAGACUGAGCAUUAAUAAUUGCAAAGAGAAGAGAGCAAGCUGACUCGGUUCCUCAACUACUCGUUGUUUCGCCCAUUUCGUGAUUCCGGGAGCAACACGGGGUUACCCAAUUUGGAACGCACGAGACGGAUUUUGUGAAGGGGCAUUCUCGAAUUAUUUGUUUUCCCACAUAUUUUGUUUCUUUGAUGAAAUUACUAUCAAAGUGCGGGAUUUGUUUCUAAAAAAAAUAACCCGGACUCGGCUCCUCAUCACGUGGCUGUCCUCUGGCGAGGCAGUAGGUGGGUGGUGUGGAGCUGGCCUCGGCACCGGGAGAGGCCCCCUCGCCCGCCCCCCCCGUGUGCUGCAUGGCUGCGAUGGCGCCCGCUCUAACCGACGCCCCGGCCGAAGCUCACCGCAUCCGCUUCAAACUGGCUCCGCCCUCCUCCAACCUCUCCCCGAGCGGCGUGGAGAGCAACGGAGGCACCAGUCACAUCCUCGUCUCCAGCAACGGCGCCGUCAAGCGCAAGGCCUCCGAAGAGCGCGGUCCCCACGGGGGUUCCAUCACAGGUAAGGGGAAGGAGGAGUCGACGCGAAGCAACGAGGCUUCUUCCACACCUCUUGGGAAACUACAGCCGCUGGUGGCGUCAUACCUGUGCUCAGACGUGACGUCCGUUCCCUCUACCAAGGAGUCACUGAAGCUGCAAGGCGUCCUGCUGCAGAAACACGGCCUUCUGCCCAGCUUCCUGCCCAGGAAACACAAGACACUGGAGCUCUCAGAGGAGCAGCUCAAGAGCAUCAUGAGUAACAGCAGAGGGGGUGGUCCCCCUGCCCUGUCAAGCCCGCCGCCACCGGUCAACGGCGUGGCUAAGAAGUUCGCCAAAAAUGGGCCGGACUGGGACAGUAUGACAACGGUCAAUGGAGGUAAUAACAGGCCUCCUGCUGGACAUGGACUGGACUCCCCGGUGCCCCAACCCAACACGACUGCCUCUAGAGGAAACUCUCCUCUCAACGGGGGAGGGGAGCACCAGCAGCCCACAGGACUGUCCUACAACCCUGCCGGAAACCCUGAACAGCCAGCACCCCCCGCAGCCUCCAACACCCCCAUGGACUGCCCCGACAGCAAACCCUCCGAACGGCCACCAUCGCUGGCCACGGACACAUCAUCCCUUUCCCCAACGGACCGACAGACCUCCCUGGGCCUGGGCAGCCUUGGAGUGGACGUUAAGGAGCGGACUCAGCAGAGCCAGAGCCGGCAGGGCGAGAUUGAGGGGCGUCUGCGGCGCCUGAGGAAGCGCCUCCAGGUGGUUCAGGCCAAGCAGGUGGAGCACCACGUCCAACAGCAGCUCGGGGGGCUCCUGGAGAGCACACUGGGGCCACUGGAUGCCCUCCGAACUGGCGGGAGACGAGGAGGCCAGGACGCACCUCUCACCCUGCAGGAGAGGGAGGGGCUUGGGCGAUUCCUGAAGGACGGCUCUGUACCAGCAGAGCUGGAGCGCCUGUCCCUCAGCGGAACCACCAACCUGAGGUCCACGGAGAGCGCCUUCGACUCAGACGCCACGGAGAGCAGCUCCGGAGGAGAGACUGACGUGGAGGAGGACGAGCUCACCAGGGUGGACAUCGAGCAGCGACACAUCUCUCUAUGGAGACGUGCGGAGGGGCGCUACGCGGUGGAUAGGGCCUCCAUAGUCAGCCACUGGAACUGGCUGCAGGCCCACGUGUCUGACCUGGAGUACCGCAUCCGCCAGCAGACGGACAUCUACCGUCAGCUCCGCUCCAACAAGGGUUCCAUAAUGCUGGCAGAGACCUCCCCCUUUGACGUGUCACCUGAGGACGGGGAGGUGAAGGCGGAGCCUGUUGGUUGCCCGGUAAUAAAGGAGUGCGGCUCAGACGGUGGGGCGGAAGGUCCCGGAACGGUCUCCGUGGAAACGGGCCUGAGGAAAGGUUGCGCGUCCGGGAGACGGGUCAACGGGAUCAUCAACAGCCUGCGGCCUGGUUCUCCAGAGUGUUCUGACCUGGAGGAGCAGCUGAGGAAGCAGCAGCAGCAGAGCCUGCCCUCGUCCCAGCACCAGCUACCGUGCUCCCCUCAGGACGACACGUGUGUGGCGGCCCGCACACGCCCCCUCCUCAGCUGCAAGAGACGACGCCUCGUCAGGCCUAGCACCGUCACCAACCUCAACCGCAAGGGCCAGAGGCUGUGCGUACCGGGUCCUCGCUGCGGCUGCGAGGUCAACCCCCAGUGUAUGACGUGUGGCGGCCGCACCCUCUCCUCCUCUGACGUCCAGUACGAGCGCCCUCUACUGGAGAGGCUGUCCCAGUUCGAUCCCUGCGUGCACCCCAUCCUCUCCCUCUCAGACGACGUGACGAUGAGUCUGCACCUGCAGCGCCUCCUGAAGUCCCACUGGAACAGCCGGCCCCUGGAGAAGAUCAAACCCCUGAAGAAGCUCUCCCUGAAACACAAGCUCUCCGUGGGACGCCCUCACGACCCCUCCGCCUCCUUCACCUCCAAAGACAAACACAAGAUGACCAACUCCCUCCUCUCCACAGUCCGCCUGUCCCACCACAAGGUGCGUUCAGAGAAGCUACACAGGCAUCAGCUGGACAGCCUGCUGGGGUCCACCAAGCUGGAGGGCCGCCCCCACUACCGAGGGGAGCAGGGCCACGGGCCCUACGACAAGAGCCACGCACGCAAGAGACCCCGAGAACACUCACUGUCACUGGACAGUAUGGACAACACCCCUAAGCUGUACCUGGAUGGGGGCAGUCUGUGCCAGUCUCUAUCUGCUGGGCUCCCCACCCACAGCUCCCUGCUCCGACAGCUGUCAGCCUCCUCAGAGACCUGCUCCAUGCCCUUCACCUCCUUCAACAGCACCCCGCAUCAGCCCAUCCGCAGGAGGAGGGGAGAGAGCUCCUUUGACAUCAACAACAUCGUCAUCCCCAUGUCUGUGGCUGCCACCACCCGCGUGGAGAAACUGCAGUACAAAGAGAUCCUCACCCCCAGUUGGAAGGAGGUUGACAUUUGUGCUAAGCCAAUCGCUGAGGAGGCUGACAUUGAGGAGAUUGAGGACCUGACAGACACUGCGUUCUCCCAGCUGCACCAGCCCUGCGAGGACCAGGAGCGUUCCCGCUGGAGCUGGACGGCCAGCGCCAUCGCCAAGAGGAGAGGCAGCCGUUCGUAUGUCAGUGGACGGCUGGACGGUCGCACUACUCCCCUACUGAGCAGCACCAACCCCUCCACGCCGCAGCCCUCCUCCCCAGACACAGCCCACUUCCACGCCCUGCAGGACUACGGCAGCGCCGCCUCCCCCUGCUCCCCGGCCAGCCCCGACCUGCUGUCCUACCCUUACGCCCCAGGGUGUUACACAGCGGGAGGGUACUCCUACACCCCUAUAGGCUCCAGGGACUCCCACCGCCUGCUCUCCAACGAAGACACGCGCUGCUCCACGCCUGACGGCACCUACGAAGAACUGGUUCCCAUCCCAGUACACCCGUGGGACCGGAGGAGCUUCCCCCUGGAAAGCGACCCGCCGCCGGAGCCCGAGGAGCAGCCAGGGAACGCCGAGGAGCGCCCCUAUAGAACCAUGCGCCACAUCUCCGGUUGCAAGACGGGCUCGUCCAGGUCUGAGUCCGACACCGGAGGUCCCCCCUCGCCGCUCCUUCCCCCUGACGACAGCAGCAAGCAGAAAGCCCCCUCCUCCACCACCCUCACCACCACUCUCACCAGACCCUCCCACCGAUGAACGAAGGCUCUCAUUGCAUAAAGGACUCGGCACUUUUUUCUUUCACAAGACUCAAAACAAGAACUACAUCAACAAUGGAAUAAUGGACUCCUGUUGUUUGAUAUUCAAACAUCAGUCAAAUUCUUUCACAGUUUUUAGUGAACAUAGACAGAGACCCCCCGUCAGAAAUCCGUUUUGUUCUUUUCCUGGUCACUGAAAUGAAUAAAUAUAUAUAAAAGUGAAUGAAAAAAGGAGAGAAAUUAAGCUGAAUUUGUGAUGAGCAGGGCAUAGAGUUGCUUCCUGUUUCUGGGCCAAUGGGCUGAGGGCUAAGCAGCCACUCAGGCAGUGUGUGUACCUUUGUAGCUUUCUGUUCCCCGCCCCAUGUCAGUUUAAAAUGGAGUGAGUAAAACAAAAAACAGCAAUGCCUUGUUGUCAUAGCUUGUUAUGUUGUGUCCCCUUGAAUCAACAUAAUAAUAUUUGUCCCUCCCCAGAGAAUCGGCGUGAACCUGAAAUGUUCCUUUAAGCACUUGUUUCACAGAGCUAUUUUCCUUGAUGUCUGUCUGUGCUUUUCGUUCAUCUGUUUGUCUGCAUUGGUGUAGUUGUUUUAUACAUAUAGGUUUAAUAAGAUAUUUCCUUUCAACCCCGUCACAUAGACUGAUGGAACAAGUGGUUGCGGGCGGUGUAUAAAAUCAUUUUAGCACGGCAAGUAACACCACCCUCGAUAUGAUAUCAAACAAACCAAAGUGAAACGUUAACUAAUAUAACGACAGAAAAAAAAACGCAUCACCUGUCCUACAUAGGAAUGAUCCUUUGUAGGGAGGCGAUAUGAGUGUUCAACUGUGUGCAUAUUGGAUUUCUGUCUUCGUUUUCUUUGUGGUGUGCGUGCGGUUAUUUCACGCUUUUCUGAUUUGGUUUGGAGAAUGUGCAAGAAAUUACUAAAGCGUGCAGUCAGGUUCCAAUUACAAAGAAAGCUCCUAUGUUUUUGAAUGUAGUAUUUUGGCUUUAUCUUGAAUCAAGGCCCUUCAUUAUUCGCUCUUUUAAAUUUCUGUACCCUAGCUAUUGACACAGGUUGGCGUAGUUCACAUCCGGUGCAAUGUUUCCAGCUUGUAAUGCAUAAUUGCCAUGCAAUUUGCAUGUCACUUGGUAUAAUAAAAAAAGAACAUGAGACAAAUUAGGGAAAAAUAUGUAAAUGUACAUAAUUAAUCUCGUUCCUGUGUCACUGUUUUUGGAAUUGCACAAGGCAGAUAAUGUCAGUGUACCUGUUGGAUUGUCAAUGCAGUUCCACAAUUGGAUUAAAAUCACUCAAGCUCUGAGUCUUAUUGGGAGUUCAAAUGUCAAAUGCUUUUCAUGUAACAAUGCAAAAGAAAACUCCAAGUUUGGGUUGUUCAUUAGAGCAGACAAAUGGAAAAUGUUGUGUAAUGGUUAAAAAAAAGUGAACAAGUCCAGGUAGUCCUUGCCUGUUAUAUUCCGUUUGGUGCAUACUGAACACCCAGAUCUGCCCAGUCAGCUGCCCUAGUUCCCAGCACCCCCUGCUGUGUCCCUCCCAGCAGAUGAAGUGGAGCAUUGUACAGAAAGCCUCUCGACUAAUCGCUCCAUCUAAAAAGGCUUUUUAUGUUUGAGUCACUAAGUCAGAAGGCUGUGGCCAUCACACACACAGGAGGCUAUGUAGGGAUUUAUCAGUUGUGGAGUCACUUUGACCAUCUCACCAAACCUCCCCGCCGCCUGGCCGUUUCUACUUGGUAAGUCUGAUUCAUGCUCUGCCCCAGCAGUUAAAACCACAUGUUAGCCCCAAACCAAUGCCCUGCUCUUGUUCCAAUUACUGCUAGUUUGGAAUCAUGUCAUGUUUGAGUGUGGGGGGAAAAUCCUUCAGAUCACUGUUCAGUUGAGCCUUUAUUUUUGUCUUCACCCGCUUCCUUGAUUCUGCUGUCUGUCAUUGCGAGGAGGUAACGUGAGGUCUUCACUGGUGAAUCCUUUGAAUCAUUCUCCCAUAGUGUCCCCUUGGUCGGUCCAGACAGACCAAAAGACAAACCUGACUCAAUUUCUAGGGACCAUCGAUGCCUGUCCCUAUCCCUUUCUCCUCACAGAAGUCCCCGUCAUGAAUCAUGAUCAACUAUGGUUUGUCUGCGAGUGGGGUUCAGAGGACCCACCAGAAACUGUUUCGAUGUUCAAGAAGGUUUGACUAGUGUUAAACAGAUAUUGUAUUGUCUGGGCUAUUUUCAUACUUUCCAACGUGAUGUAUGGGGGUGGGUGAGUCUGGUAUAUCCUUUAGCAUGUAAUAGUUUGUACAAAAAGUAUAUUUUGUAAAUAACUUAACUGUUUGACGUUCAGGCUGUAGCUGUCCUGAUUGUAUAGGGAGAAGACAAGUACAAAAUAUUGAACACUUUUCUUUAUGCAGAGGCAAAAAAAAAAAGUAUGAUUGACGAAUCCGACGGGAAGGCAGCGUUUGUGCUUCUCAAAAUAAAAGUGAAUUAUAUUGUA